AUCGAACUUACUCACUGUGCAACCUUGUCACCAGAAGCGAGCUCCGCCGGAACACUUCUUGGCCUCGCAAGACUCGGAGGCGCCAGUACUGUUGUUUCGCGGGAAGUCGCGGCCAGAUGCGCAAAGCUAGUGGCAAAGUGGUGACCUUUGCAGUCGUUGGCUGAGACAACGAGGUCGCGCAAAGGCAGCCACGGCGCCGCCACUGCCCAGUGGCAAACGGCUUCGGGGCCUCUGAGAGAUGGGAUGGUUGGACGGGCGCUUGAGUCGCCCUGAAAACUUAAAGCCUUCUCCAUCUCGACCAUUCCGCCGCUGGUGUCAAGACCUUCGCUGCUUUCCUCACACAAGACUCUUUUCUAGCUUCAGUCUGCAAUUCGGCAUCGAUACUGCUUCCCUCUACAGCUUAGGUGGGCGCAAACUUCAUCUGGCCUGAUGUGGCAGCUGAGGAACUGGCCUAUGCCUGCUCUAGCCGUGUGUAUAAUUCUCAUCGCAGUGAGCGGCACGGUCAAUGCAUUGCCCCCAGCAUUCCCUGCCAGCCAGCUGAACAUCGAGCUCGCACACGACGCAACGCACGGAGAGCUCAGAAGGUGGGAUGUCGAGGACGUCAGACAUGCUGCUCAUCACUACUACGUGAGCACCCUUCAGCCUUUUGGCGAAAGUCACCAUUUUAGGGAAAAUCCACACACGUUUGAGGUCAUCCACCCUUUCCAAUUCGACCCUCCGAACCGUCAAGCUGUCGUGCGCGGAUAUUACAAGACUGCAGAUGGAAUUCGCAUUCCGAAUCAUCUCAAGAGUGGGCGAGUAAGAUUGAAGAGCCUGACGCAUGAUGCGCGUGCGCUCGUGCACACUGUCCCAUUAGCCCCCAAUCAGAAGGUUGUCUCGCACGGCUUCAGGUUUCGUAAAGGCGAACGGGAAGCAGAGCCCUACCACGCGAACUCGUACCGUCCUACAACUCCUGGCCAUGUUCACGUCAAGCCUCCGGCCAGGUUCACGCAGAGGCAACAAGAAGAAGAGGCUUACGCCAGAUCUUUUGGAGCUAUUCAGCGCUACCAUACAAACAGAGUUGGAGUUGAGAAUCCGCUCAGGGUGCACCACUAUGAAAUGUUGGAGUCAGCUAAACCAGGCCCGGAUGGCCACGAGACGGUCAAAGCUCUAGCCAUCGAUCAGAACAAUAGACCUAUUCGACCGACGUACGACCCUGGCACGAUCGAACACGACGUUCCGUUGUCGAGUAGCCAUGUUCCUCGAUCCCACACAGCGUACAAGGAAGCUGUAAGGGACGCGCCGUCCCAUCCGGAAGCCACUUCGGAUGGCAAGUCGCUAGAAUCAAGCUCAGCAGCAGGGAAGCAAGCAGCUGCUCUAACGAACCAGUCAACAGCAGGGAGCUCGAGUCUCGACCCUGCAGCGCUACCGUUUGUGCCAUCAUUUGCAGCCCGCCCCUCUCCUUCACCUUUGGCUGGGUCGAUUGGGACGAAACAGGCAGAGCUGCGCAAGCGCACAUUGGGCAGGAUAUCGGAGGGGUUCAAGUCCGCAGAAGCAGGUUCGGCACUGGCAAAGACCUCGGAACAGGCCAGCUCUGAUGCUGCCUCGCACGCCAGCCGCAAUAUCGAUGCCGGUCUUGUGUCGCACGGCAGUCUCGCUGACAAUAGAGUCACCCAGCUAAGAGUCGCGGACGCCGGCCGACCUGUGGCGACAACGUUCCCUACAAGGCGCACAUUCGUCUCCGGCAAGUCGGUAGGAAGGCCUCGUCUGACUCCAGAAGGCGUGAAGAUGACACAAUGGCGGGAUCUGAAAGCGCUGGAACAGGGCACGGCCAACCAGCCACCGCUCGAUUACGCUGGAGACAGAAGGAAAGCUCAGCUUCUCGGCAUACCAAUCAAGAAAAUCAGGGGAAGACCUCGAAAGUGUGCGGAAGGCUGCGCUACGACACAGCGUACUCAGCGUAGAUUGGCACGUCAAGCUGCUGGCUUACCACCGAUUCAGAGAGGACGUCCACGCCUGCGCGAACUGCCUCAAGCUGAGAUAGCCGAGACUUCUCGGGUCAUCAGCAAGCCCUCCGGUGACGGUAAGCGUCGCGGCCGGCCAAAGCUUCUCAUCGGCGGUGGUCGUUCAACGCAGGCGCAGCGGGAGAGGGAAAGGAGGGAGGCUGCUGGGCUCCCCAAGAGGCCAACUGGGCGUCCUCAAGGAGCUAAAUUUGUCCAGGACCUCAACAAGCCACCUUCUCGACUAGGCCGGCCCAAACAGUCGCAGCAGCAUAAUCUUGCGGCGACCUCGGCCCAUGUAGGGGCAGCGCAUCCGUCCCUUCUCAGCGAUCCGAUGCUCGUCCACACAGAUUCACGCUUCACGCAGUCGGCAUCCUUCCGCCGCAUCGCUCCUGCUACACCCGAGCAGGGGGGUCAGCUCCCUCACCUGCACCGCCGUUCGCUCCAGCCUCCUUGUCGGAGUUGUAGCGUGCCAGCGGACCUCUCCAUGACAAAACGAGGAGACAUGGUCAAGAUUUCAGGAGCGCCGGAAGCAGUAGUGGUGCGUCACUCACCAUGCUCCUCACGACGAUGAGAAGAUUCUGACGCUGCACGAAAGAUCCGCGCAGCUUUUGGCCCGAGGCAAAGCGCCACUGAAUCCAAAGCUUCCACUAGCUCCUGAAAAGCCCGCGUUGCUGCUCGAGAGUCUCCGCGAG